AUGUCUUUUAUGAAAGUAGGUCCGCAGACUAUGCUCAAGGAGGGAUCAACCAUGGUUGAUGAACCAGUCCUAAAAAACAUUCAGGCCUGUCGAGAGCUGUCAAAGAUUACCCAAAGCUCUUUGGGUCCAUAUGGGCUUUGUAAAAUGGUAAUUAACAAUCUUAACAAGUUGUUCGUUACACACGACGCAGCAACUAUCCUCCGUGAGGUGGAGGUUGAGCACCCUGCGGCUAAGCUGUUGGUACAGGUAUCUAACGCAAUGCAGGAAGAAGUUGGUGACGGCACUAAUUUUGUGGUGACUCUUACUGGUGAGUUUCUUUCGCAGGCCGAGUCACUUCUGCGAAUGGGUCUUCAUCCCAGUGAAAUCAUUGAGGGCUAUAAAAAAGCGGGAAAAAAAUGUUUGGAGCUUCUCGAAACCAUGACCGCACGUACUGUAAAUGAUUGCCUUACAAAGGAAAAUGUUACAGAUGCCAUUCGUACUGCCAUAGCUUCUAAACAGUAUGGCUAUGAGUCUUUUCUAGCGGAUCUUGUCGUGGAAGCAUGUAUUAACGCGUGCCCGUCUAAUGUGAAGGCUUUCAAUACAGACUUUGUUCGUGUUGUAAAACUGGAUGGCGAAUCUGUGUUAUCCUCGAAUUUCGUGCGCGGCUAUGUGAUUGGACGUGACUCCGAAAGUACUGUAAAACACAUUACCAAUGGAAAGGUUGCCGUGUACAGCUGUGCCGUGGAUAUCCCAUCUUUGGAAACCAAGGGUACUGCUCUCAUUGAAAAUGCCGAGGACCUUCUUCAAUAUUCCCGAAAGGAGGAGGAUGUUAUGGAGGAGAUUAUAAUGAAUAUUCACAGAGCUGGUGCAAAUGUAAUUGUAUCUAAUUCUACUUUUGGCGAUCUGGCCCUUCAUUUUAUUAACCGACUCGGAAUUAUGGCUGUGCGCGUGCCCUCAAAGUUUGAGAUUCGCCGACUGUGUGCCGCUGUUGGUGCACGUAUAAUGAAUCGUAUGGAUGCGCCGACGCUGGAAGAUUUGGGUUCGUGCAAUCAUAUUGACGUAAUGAAUAUGGGUGGGAAGAAUAUCACCACCUUUUCUCAAGAUUCUGAUGACUCAAAAUUGUCCACGAUUGUGGUGCGAGGUGCCACACAGAAUGCCCUUGACGAUGUGGAGCGUGCCAUUGAUGACGGCGUUAAUGUUUUUAAGGCAUUAACAAGGGAUAAUCGCCUUGUCUCGGGCGCGGGCGCGCUAGAAAUGGAGCUUCAGAAAGAAUUAACCAAAUUUGCUGAAGCGAAUCCGGGGUUGGAUCAGUAUGCUUUACGCAAGUAUGCAACAAGCUUCGAAGUGGUAGCUCGCACUCUCGCGGAAGUAAGUGGUUAUAAUGGGACGAAUAUGGUGACUCAGUUGGAAGCGGAACACAAUGCAGGGAAAAAGCAUCAGGGUGUGAAUGUUGAAGAUGGAUCUACACAUGAUGCUUUAGAGUCUGGAGUUGUGGAGCCGUAUCUAACGAAAUUCUGGGCUAUUAGGCUUGCUACCGAUACGGCAGUGACAGUACUAUCGGUAAACCAAAUUAUUGUUGCCAGGCAAGCAGGGGGGCCUAAGAACCGCCCAGACCAGGCUCGCGACGAAGAUUAG